AUGAUGGAGGAGGAGGUGGAACUCUGCUUCCCUCAGCUGCUCAACUCCUCCUGCAAGAAGCCGAAGCGUCCUCAGCUGGAGCUGGUGGCGACGUUCAUGGUCCUGUCCUCCAUCACGCUGCUCACCACCACCCUCAACCUGCUGGUCAUCAUCUCCAUCUCACACUUCAAGCAGCUCCACACUCCCACCAACCUCCUGCUGCUCUCUCUGGCCCUCUCCGACUUCUUCGUGGGCAUCUUCACGUCUUUCCAGAUGCUGCUCAUCGAUGGCUGCUGGUACCUGGGUGACUUCAUGUGCGUGCUGUACCAGUACCUGUCCUACAUCGUCACGUCGGCCUCCAUAGGGACCAUGGUGAUGAUCUCGGUGGACCGCUACGUGGCCAUCUGCGACCCCCUUCGCUACACCGUCAAGGUCACCUACAGGAGGGUGCAGCUGUCGGUGUCGGUCUGCUGGAUCUUCUCCGUGGUGCUGCAGACUUUGCUGCUGUGGAGGAACCUGGAGCAUCCCGGCAGGUUCAUCUCCUGCUCCGGUGAAUGCGUGGUGGGCUUAGACUACGUUUCCGGCCUGCUGGACAUCCUGCUGUCCUUCAUCGGGCCUGUUGCCGUCAUCGUGCUCCUGUAUCUGAGGGUGUUCGUGGUGGCAGCGUCUCAGGCCAGAGCCAUGAGGUCCCACGUGGCCUCGGUGACGCUGCAGGGCUCGGUGACGGUGACGGUGAGAAAGUCUGAGAUGAAGGCGGCCAGGACUCUGGGCGUGGUGGUGGUGGUGUUCCUCAUCUGUCUCUGCCCUUACUUCUGCGUUACCCUCACAGGGCAGGACGCUCUGCUCAACCCGUCAUCCGUGGCCUUUGUCACCUGUCUGUUCUACUUCAACUCCUGCCUCAACCCCAUCAUCUACGCCUUCCUCUACCCCUGGUUCAAGAAGUGUCUCCGGCUCAUCGUCACGCUUCAGAUCCUGCAGCCCGACUCCAGCGAGGCCAACAUACUGUAG